AUGAAGUUCGCUGUAGAUAGCGGGAAGAAUACUGGUGUUUCUUCGCUCACAACUGGAACUUUGCACGCGAAAAAGCGCAUUGGUGGUAAGGAUACUCCUAUGAGUUAUUCUUUUGAAGAGCGAGUAUUUGGUCCGGGUGAUACAGCCCCCCACAAGGCUGCAGCGAAGCUGGAGAUGGUGGAAACACUUCGAUCGCGCAUUCUUUCAUCGGAGAAGCCACAAUGGGAUCAAUCAACUUCGAGCUGGGAAAACAUGCAGAUGACUGGCAAGUGCUACAAGCGCACCAACGUCAACGCUGAGCGAAAUCCUGCGCACAUGUUUAAUUACAACUACCGAGCCGAGAAGCUGCCAAAGAAGAACCCGACACAUAAACCUAAAUCAAACCGCUUCAACACAGGUAUCCUGGAAGUGGCUCUAAAGGACGAAUACGUCGGUGAAGCAUUCGGGGACAAACGCGUGAUGAAAGGAAUCGCUAAGUGCACAGAGGAGCUGCCUAACCACCCAGACUUGCGCGACGCUAGACCUUGGAACCAGUCAGUCGAACUGACAAGGGAACUUCGGAAGGAACACUUUGUAGCAUUGGAAGCAGCGCGACUCACCAACAGCGAGAAAUGGCGACACAAGGUCGGGGCAAAGGAUACUUACAAAAACCCAGAGCAGUUAUCGAAAGAGCUGUCAGCGCACAAGCGCCGGGAGAAGCAGGAACUCAUAGCUGCAAAAACGAACCAGCGUCACUAGGAUACACCUUAAUGCUAGAACUCGUAGUCUACAAG